GAGAAAACAUGGAAAGAUAUAAAAACCCGUGUCUCAGACAGAGAACUUCAGAAUCGAAUUCCGAUAGCAGUGAGUUAUCCACAUGAUCCAGCAGGGAACGAACAAGAGACGACGAUUGAAAUCUACAUUCGUGAACAUCACACACAACACUACCAGUACCAGUGCCGUACAAUUUUCAUCCAAGUUCUUCAGUGAAGUUGAGUAAGCUUUUGUGACUAUGGCACCGACGGCAAGUACAGCACCCGCUAUUGGCAUCGACCUGGGCACAACCUAUUCGUGUGUCGGUGUUUUCCAGAACGGCAAGGUGGAGAUUAUUGCAAACGACCAGGGCAACCGAACGACACCGAGUUAUGUUGCAUUCACAGACACAGAGAGAAUGGUCGGCGAUCCUGCCAAAAACCAAGUGGCAAUGAACCCAAGGAACACAAUUUUCGAUGCCAAGCGACUCAUCGGUCGGCGAUUUGAUGACUCAGCUGUCCAGUCUGAUAUGAAACACUGGCCAUUCAAGGUAGUCAACUAUCAAGGCCUGCCCAAGCUACAAGCCGAGUACAUGAAUGAAAACAAAACCUUCGCUCCAGAGGAAAUCAGCUCUAUGGUUCUUGUCAAGAUGAAAGAAACAGCUGAGGCAUACCUAGGUCAAAAGGUCAAUCAGGCGGUCAUCACCGUGCCAGCAUACUUCAACGACUCCCAGAGGCAGGCGACUAAAGAUGCUGGUGUGAUUGCUGGACUGAAGGUUCUCAGAGUCGUCAAUGAGCCAACAGCAGCUGCUUUGGCCUACGGACUAGACAAGAAGCUGCAAGGCGAGAAGCACGUAUUGAUCUUUGAUCUUGGAGGGGGAACCUUUGAUGUGUCUGUCCUGACUAUUGAUGAUGGUAUGUUUGAGGUUCUCUCAACAGCUGGUGAUACUCAUCUUGGUGGUGAGGACUUUGACAAUCGUCUUGUGACUCACCUUGCUCAAGAAUUCAAAAGGAAGCACAAGAAGGACAUAACAACCAAUCCAAGAGCUCUUCGACGACUGAGGACGGCAGCAGAGCGAGCGAAGAGAACCUUGUCAAGCAGCACCCAGGCCAACAUCGAGGUAGACUCUUUGUUCGAAGGAAUUGACUUCUACACUUCUGUUUCCCGAGCCCGAUUUGAGGAGCUUUGCGCAGACAUGUUCCGCAACUGCCUUGCCCCAGUAGAGCGAGCUUUGGUAGAUGCCAAACUUGACAAGAAUCGCAUCGACGAAGUGGUUCUUGUUGGAGGCUCUACUCGAAUCCCAAAGAUCCAGAAGCUGUUACAGGACUAUCUUAAUGGCAAAGAGUUGAAUAGGUCCAUCAAUCCUGAUGAAGCAGUAGCUUAUGGUGCUGCUGUUCAGGCAGCUAUCCUGAGUGGUGACCAGAGUGCUGAGGUCAAGGAUGUCCUUCUUGUCGAUGUAGCUCCUCUGUCUCUAGGUAUUGAGACAGCUGGUGGUGUCAUGACCAAACUGAUUGAACGCAACAGUCGUAUCCCUAACAAGGCAUCCAAGACCUUCUCUACAUACUCUGACAAUCAGCCUGCUGUUACCAUUCAGGUGUUUGAGGGUGAACGAGCCAUGACAUCCAACAACAACCGCCUUGGUGUCUUCGAGCUAAGUGGAAUCCCACCAGCCCCACGUGGUGUGCCGAAGAUUGAAGUCUCCUUUGACGUUGACGCUAACGGAAUCCUCAAUGUCUCAGCCAAGGAUGAGAGCACUGGAAAGAGCAAUCAGAUCACCAUCUCCAAUGACAAAGGAAGGCUCUCCAAAGAAGACAUUGACAGAAUGGUGUCUGAUGCUGAGAAGUACAAAGCAGAGGAUGACGCUCACAGAGAAUGCAUCACCUCCAGGAACAACUUGGAGAAUUACGUCUUCAGUGUCAAGUCUGCCCUGAAUGAAGAAGCCGUGCAGAGUAAGAUCCAAUCAGACGACAAAGAGAAAGUGGAUAGCAUCUUGAAAGACACCCUGACAUGGCUGGAUAACAAUACUCUAGCUGCUAAGGAAGAGUACAGUCACAAGUUGGAGGAGCUUCAGAAGGUCUGCUCACCAGUGAUGGCCAAACUACACAGUGGAGGAAAGACUGGUGAAGACGAACAGAGUGGGAGGCAGAAAGAGCCUACUGUAGAGGAGGUUGAUUAAUUAAAUGACUCUUUUAUGAACAGUACAUGUAAACAAAUUACAUUUGUAACUCUCCUGUCUCUUCUUCAGCAUGACAACAAAAUUGAACGUACAACAAGUAGCUAAGCAAUACUAAAUGAGCAGAUGAUACAGUUACUACUAGCCAAAAUACCUUGUCCCAUGUAAACUGUACUGUCUUUGACUGUUAGUGUUAUACUCUAUUCCCUUUAUACUUUGCACACAAUUGUGCUGUCUUGCAGUAUAAUAUGUUUUAUGCAGAACUUUGAAAAUGGGCCAUGUUCAAAAAGACAAUAAGACUUUUUUCCUAUUGAAGCGGACAACCAGUAAACAUAAUUUUCCAUUGUUGAUGCAAAGAACACAUGCUUUGCUUAUUAUACACAUUCAGGGAAAGUAUGUACAUGUAUGAAUUGAUGAGUUUUUCUGGGAGAAGAGCUGCAUUAAGGUUGUAAUAGCAAAUACAACAAUAUAUAUUGUUCUGUGGAAAUGUUUCAAUAUAUGGAAAUUGUGGCUUAUGAUCAGUUGCUCAGUCGAGGCACUUCAAGACAAUGGCUUUAUGUCAAUACCCAAUUAAAAAAUGUCUUGCUAAAGGACACACAAGUGUCACAACUGGGACUCAAACCCACACUCUCCUGAACAAAAACACCAGAGCUUUAGUCAGGUGCUCUUAUUCACUUGGCUACGCAACAUCAGUAAAUAUUUUAACAAUUUUCCUCUCACCAGAUAUGACAGUUUAGUCCAAAAAGAGAAAGCAAUUUGAAAGGAGUCUGAAUAAUUUCAAUUGAGGAGAUUUAAUCACAGAACAUACAUUUUUUAAAUUUUGUUUUAUUUACGGUGUUUUUUUUUUGGGAUGUGUUUAGCUUGAAGGUUAAAAUAGUUUGACCAACUUUCUUAAAACAGUUUAUCAGUUUUCAAUGGCAACCUGUUCUUCUUUCUUGAAUGACAAAUUACAAAUCAACACUAAAGCACAAUGUUCAAAUAAUAUAUUGAAGUAUUUUGCAUAUGUUAUUUAUUAUUUAUUAAUAUUAUAAAGCAACUAAGUAAUAUUUUAUACAAUAUAGUAUUUUCUUACUGCAAAAAAAAGGAUUAACAGGCAUUAGCUACACAGGUUCCAUGGGUACUAUGCAUAUUUUUUGGG